UUUUCGCUCCUUUAUGUUUCCAGGGAUGAGAUGUCCUUACAAUAUUCUCCAAUGUCAGAAGACUCUGAUGACUCGAGAUACUGCGAAACUCCAAUACACACUUGUUCAUCCCAACCUGACAGCCUACCAACUAGUCCUGUCUCUCCAUACAGGUAUCAAAGACCCCUGAGUGGAUUCUAUUCUGCUCCCCCAACCGCAUCGAACCCUUCACCCACCGUCACCUCCUCACAAACUCGUCAGCGAGGCUGUGAUUCUGAGGGCCGGUUUCCAUCAUCACCUAGUGAUAUAUGCCGCUCAGCAGACUUGAGGAGGGGUGCGCUCUUGCAGUCGGUGCAGAUGAGAACUCAACCUCCGGGCCCUUCACCAUUUGAAUUGCCAUGUGGGCCAGGACAAGAGUCGUUUCAUAAUAUAGAAACUGAAGAGCGGCCAUGCUCGUACAUGAGGGCUUUAGUUGAUGAGAGGGACUAUCAGAUUGAAGAAUGUUCUUCGUUUAAUAUCACCGAACCUGAAUAUAAUGAAGAAAAGUCUUGCAGGGUGCUGAACAUGAAUAUGAAAGUGGAUGAGGCUGCGGAUAAAAUUCUUUGAACAAUGGGUUCGCAAAAUUGUGAAAAUGUUGGAAUUUGUAAUAGUUUCGAGAAAUUACCUGUCUCAUAAGCGAUGGUUUUUCCUGAAAGCUAUGGGAGGAUGUGGCAAUGGGCUGAAAGUGAAAAUUUGAAAGAGUUGCUUUUGUU